AUGUUCGUACCGAGAAGGAGGCCACUCGCCAGUACCCGAUGCGAGGAUUUGAACUUGAUUUCGCGGAUGACUUUGCAAUAUCAAACAGAUUAUCAGGUGGCAUCUGUCACGAAAUGGUUCGCUGAGGACAGUGGAGGAGAGGCGAAAAGAGAGGACAGUAGAAAGAAGGCAGCAAAUCAAAGAGAUGUUGUUCUGGUGAAAGCUACGGUCAACCCGUCUCAACAAUGCGCCCGAACCAUGACACCACGCAGCUCCCAUGGCCUCGGUAACGACAGCAUAACAAGCAACCUGAACGACAACAUUUACACCCGAGAUGCCCUAGGCGGCAUCGGCAGUCACCCCGGCGGCUUCAACACCGGCAUCCUCCCCGUCAUCCCCUCCGAUGGCCAACUCCCAGACAAGGCCCCUUCAAGCAAUGCCGCCACGGGCGCGUCCGCUGCCGGCGUGAGGGCCUUGGCUUCGCAGGUGUUGACCUUCUACUUCCGCGCACCUGCCAAGGCCUUCUUCCGAACAAGAGUCGACUACCUCGCCUAUGCGCGCGCCUUACAGGAGCAGCAGUCUAUGCUGCUUCUCAGUCAGCUGCCUGUUCCUUCGCAGGUCCUUACCACCGCCGCGCGAGCUGGCGCCCCGACUGCUGUCUCCCAGAUAUGGGACUGGGUCCGGAUGCGCGCCAGGGCAACAACGCCGGGUGUGAUCGCCUCCGCUGUUAAGCACUACGGCUGGCGCGUCGUCCCGGACCAGGUUCUCCCUCCCUUGAUUGCCAACGUAACUGUCGGAGCUGUUCUGUAUACCAGCUAUCUUCACAUCCUCGGCCAUCUUCACCCGGAAAGCAGACUCGCCAGCAAGCGCGUGUAUCCGCCUCCGUCGCCUCUCGAGACCUUCACUGCUGGCUUCCUAGCCGGCACUUUGCAGAGCGUGAUAGCUGCCCCUCUGGACGCCGUUCAGGCAAGGUACGAUAUUGGCCAUUACACCGGCACAUCAACCACGCCCAUGAACGGCAAUCCCAAUGCUGUCCGACCAAAGAGCAUGUGGGUCUUUAGCGUUGAAAAGAUCAAGGAAAUCGGUGUCCGCGGCAUCUUUGCCGGCUGGACUCUCUCCUUUCUCAAAGACAGUCUCGGAAGCGCCAUCUUCUUCAGUACCUUUGAGUAUCUCAAAGCCCAGGGCUACUACAACUUUGUAUCCUGGUACUACGGCUCCUUGAACGAGGAAAACAUCAUUCUCCUAUCCGAGAAGCGACCAUCCUCCGAGUCAGGCAAGGAAGACAACGACGACCCCCGGAUGCCCGCCAUCAUCCGCCCGCACUACGCCAUCGAACCAGCCUUCCUCUUGCUAGCAGGCAUGGGCGCCUCAAUCUUGCAGCAGUUCAUGUUGCACCCGCUUACCAUCAUCCAAGCCGAGCACUGGGAAAGGCUCGAAAAGAUUGAUGCGCAGGCGCGCAAGCUAAAGGAAAUAGACAAGGAAAGAUUCCUUCCUCCCGCCGAGGAACGCGCGCGCUUCAGAUGGCGCAUGAUGAAGACAUACUACAGCGCCUACCAAGAGACGUGGGCGUCCUGCGCUGCCGACGCCAAAGGGGCCGGCCUGAACAUGCGAAAUUGGUUGUACAGGGGUUUCUGGUGGAACACGAUCCGCCAGGUGCCCAGCACGAGCGCCGGCCUCAUCAUCUUCGAGCUGGUUAGGAGAAAGUACGGGUUUGGAGGGGAGCAGGUCAGGAUCAAUAGGGAUGGCUAUGAUAUCCUCCUCAAAUAG